AUGGAAGAAACCAAAAAAUCGCCAACUCCACUGCCAAAGUGUAUGAUUUAAGCAGUAAAAUCAUUUGUGGUGCUUCUAGCUAUGUUCAUAGAAGCAAUGUGCAAUGCAGUGCUAUUUCCUUUUGUCGCAUAUAUGGUAGCUGAUUUCUUUUAUUGACUAGAUAGAGAUGAUAAGGACACAGACGGUAUUGUCUCAUUCUAUUCAGGAUUAGUAGUAUCAUGUUUUAAUUUGGCUCAAUUUAUCAGUGCUCCGACCUGGUAAAUUUUAUUUAGGGGCUGAAUUUCUGAUAGAAUUGGCAGAAGACCUGUAAUUUUGUUAGGAUUAUUAGGAAAUGUAAUUACUGCACCAUUAUUUGGAAUUGCUCCUACAUACCUAUGAGCAGUGAUUUUUAGAUGUCUUAAUGGCCUCGCCAAUGGAAAUACUGGGAUUAUUCGAGCUUAUGCUACAGAAAUUACCGAUGUAACAAAUUCAGCCAAAUUAUUUAGCUACAUGGGAAUUUCCUGAGGAGUUGGAAUUACGAUUGGACCUUCUAUAGGUGGUAGCUUGUCAAGAAUUUCUGAAAAAAUCCCAAGUGUUUUUUCUUCUGAUGGGUUUUUUUCAGAUCAUCCUUAUUUCUUGCCAAUGCUCGCCAGCUCAUUUAUCUCUUUAAUUGUGCUAAUUGUUGGGUAUUAUGUAUGCACUUCUCCUUAAAUGGAAAUAAGCUUGCUUGAGGAAUUAUUAAUAAUAUUUUCAUUUUUUAUUUGAUUUAUCUAAAUAUACUUGAUGAAACAAAUAAAAAGACUAAAACCAAAAAAAGUAUUUUGCUUCUGUGUAAAAAUAAACAUUUUUUGAUUUGUGCUGUAAUUUACGCAAUGACUGGGCUAUUAUUUACAAGCUUUUCAGAAGUUUUUACAUUUUGGUGUCGAGCAUUAAAAAGCAACGGAGGUCUUGGGUGGAAUGAUGAAUCAAACGUUGGGAUAGUGCAAUCCUUUGGAGGCGGCUCUAUAAUGAUUUCACAAAUUUUUGUAGUGCCUUGGGCUUGCAAUUAUUUUGGGAUUUUGUCAACGUUGAAGAUUGCUUGAGUCAUCUUAAUCCCAUUUUUUAUUAUUUUACCAAAUAUCUAUGUAAUUGAAGGAAUUGCACUAUGAAUUAUCGUUAUUUCAAUCUUCGUAUCAAUUGCAGUUUUUCAGUCAUGUGUAUUUACAGCAGUUACUAUAGGAAUUAAUAAUUCCCUUGAACCUAGCCUUUUAGGAACAGGCAAUGGAGUUGCUCAAAGCGCCAUCAGUCUACUCAGAUUUUUAGGGCCAGCUUUAGCAGGAGCAAUAUUCGGAUGGUCAUUGAAUAAUGGGCUUAGCUACCCAAUGAAUUCUCACUUGAUUUUCAUUUUAUUUGCAAUAAUUGGGAUUUGCUGCAUUAUUUUACUUAUAGGACUUGAUAAAAAUAUUAAUAAAAGAAAAGUAGAAGCAGAUAUUUUAGUUCCUUUACUAAACAAAGAAAAACAAUAA